AUGACUAUAAAAUUAAUCAUUCUUGUAAUGGUGUAUCUUCAAACCUACACUGCAACUGGACAGAUAAUAUGUGAAAGGCAAAUGAGUGUGGAAUGGCACAGACACCCAAAGCACCACAUCAUGAAAUGGACUCUGAUGAACAACAUCUGCUCAAACUUCUACACAGAUUGCUGGAAUAUAAAUACCAAUAUUGAAAGGAACAUCCUAGAACAGCAGGCGUUGAAUGUCCCUCAAAUAUGUCCCUUGCAGCUUCAGUUAGGGGAUAGUCUGUUCAUAUCUUCAGAGGCAUCUUUUCAGUCACAUGGGAUGAAUUUGGGGAAUGUUUCCAUGGAAGAAUUUAUUAGGUGCCCCCCAAAAGACUUUCUUCAAGAUCAGUUGAUAUUUGGUUGCAGGUUAAAAGGGAUGCAUCAAGUUGACCCUCGGUGGCUUGGAGUAGGAACUCAUUAUUUUGCAGAAGUUCAGACCAAAGGACCACCGUUAUGCAACCUGGGCCUUCGGCUCAAUGUAACAGUGAAGCAGCACUUUUGCCAACAGUCUUCAAAUGCACCUUUUUGCUCCAGACAUGGCAGAUGCUUAAGCCAUGUAUGGGAAGAGGCAUAUAACUGCCACUGUUCUCAACAGUAUUCUGGAAGAUUCUGCCAGGAGUUUGAUGCAUGCUCCAGUAAACCCUGCCAGAACAAUGCCUCCUGUAUUGACACAAGAGAAGGAACUAUUGGGGAUUCCUAUGAAUGUACCUGUCCCUCACAGUUUGCAGGUAAAAACUGUUCAGAAAUAAUUGGACAGUGCCAGCCCCAAGCCUGUCUGAAUGGCAACUGCAGCAAUGUUACUCCAAAUACUUUUCUUUGUGAAUGUGACAAAGACUUUACAGGUAAGCAAUUCAUUUUAUUUUCUAUGCUGUAA